UAAUUUUUGCUUCUCGGGUUUUCAUCACAUUGAUUUCCGAAAGCAGCCCGUCUCCUGAGAAAAAUCUCAUCUUUCUCUCCUCCAAUCUGGCCAUUUUGAAGACAAGAUUAGGGCUUUCAGAUGGGGAUCGAGGUGCUCUCACUCUCCCUCCCUUCCCCUACUUCCCACUGGGAGCGGUUGUCUUCCUCUCAUCAAGCCAGCACUCGAGGUGUGAUUGAAAUGGGGAGCCUAGAACUUGGGUCUUCUGGUUUUGCAAAAUCAGCAUCUCUGUUGGAUAGGCCAUCCCGGUUGCAAACAUGGAAGUCACAAAUGUUUCGCCAACUUUCUGUUGGCAAUCCGAAAGCUUUUCUCCAGAAAUGUCAUCCAAGCAAACCAUUGCCUCCUGAAUAUUGGCAUCGAUGUCAUGAUAUGCCCUCUUGCAUCUGUCAAGGAUCUUUCAAGAGAUAUUCAUCAUCUUCUGAGGCAUUAAUGACAUCAAAUAGUGAGGAGCUUUCCAAAAAUAUUCUUCUCGGCACUGAGAAAGUUGGAGUUCUACUGCUUAAUCUUGGUGGUCCAGAGACUCUUGAUGAUGUGCAACCAUUCUUAUUUAAUCUUUUUGCUGAUCCGGACAUCAUUCGGUUGCCAAGGAUGUUUCGCUUCCUUCAGAAGCCUUUGGCUCAAUUCAUUUCUGUUGUCAGAGCUCCUAAAAGCAAGGAAGGCUAUGCUUCCAUUGGUGGUGGCUCUCCACUUCGUCAGAUAACUGAUGCUCAGGCAGAAGAGUUGAGGAAGGCCUUGUGUGAGAAGAAUGUCCCUGCAAAGGUGUAUGUUGGAAUGCGGUACUGGCAUCCUUUCACUGAAGAGGCAAUUGAGCAGAUUAAACGUGAUGGAAUUACAAAGCUGGUUGUGCUCCCUCUGUAUCCACAGUUCUCAAUCUCAACUAGUGGUUCCAGCCUUCGCUUAUUGGAGGGUAUAUUCAGAAAUGAUGAAUAUCUGGUUAACAUGCAACACACCGUUAUACCCUCUUGGUACCAGCGUGAAGGAUACAUCAAGGCCAUGGCAAACUUAAUUGAAAAGGAGUUACAGAAGUUUGAUAACCCUGACAAGGUGAUGAUAUUUUUUAGUGCACAUGGAGUGCCGCUUGCUUAUGUGGAAGAAGCCGGGGAUCCAUAUAAAGCUGAGAUGGAGGAGUGCGUGGAUCUAAUUAUGGAAGAAUUAGAAAAACGAGGAAUCACUAAUGGAUAUACACUUGCUUAUCAGAGCCGUGUUGGACCUGUUGAAUGGCUUAGGCCAUACACCGAUGAGACAAUUAUUGAGCUGGGUCAAAAGGGACUCAAAAGUCUCCUGGCAGUGCCCAUAAGUUUUGUCAGUGAACACAUUGAGACUCUUGAAGAAAUUGAUGUUGAAUACAAAGAGUUGGCUCUAAGUUCCGGCAUUGAGAAAUGGGGACGGGUUCCUGCUCUAGGAUGUGAACCCACAUUUAUUUCAGACCUCGCUGAUGCUGUAAUUGAAAGUCUUCCUUAUGUUGGAGCAAUGGCAGUCUCAAAUCUAGAGGCUCGACAGUCACUUGUGCCACUGGGGAGUGUGGAAGAACUCUUGGCAGCAUAUGACACAAAGCGCGGCGAGCUUCCACCGCCGGUGAUUGUUUGGGAAUGGGGCUGGACCAAAAGCGCCGAAACAUGGAAUGGCCGAGCAGCGAUGAUCGCCGUGCUUGCGUUGUUGGUCUUAGAAGUAACUACAGGUGAAGGGUUUUUGCACCAGUGGGGUAUCUUACCAAGAUGAAAUCUCAUCUUGAAGAACAAGAACAUGGUGUGACAUUUGAAAAUUAUGCAGUAAUUCUUGCAGUUUAAAUCACAGACAUCCUUUUAAAGACUUACUAUGCAUUUGGAUGAUGCUCAAAUUUGAGUAAUAUAAAGAUCUGAACAGUUUCUCUUUGGUUUU